AUGGCAGAGCUUCACAACGAUGUCCUUGAGGAAAUAAUGAAAAGAUUGGAUAUGAGCAAUCUAAUCAAAUGCAAAAGCGUAUGUAAGUCAUGGAAAACUUUCAUCUCUAGCACUAGUUUUGUAAACUUCCAUAUGAAUCUUAAUUACCAUCUUGAUUGCAACGAAAGUUAUAUAGAUAGGAGGAUUGUUAUGGGAAGGAUCGCUUCUCCCUAUGAGUCUCGUCACUAUGAAUUUGAUGAUAGAUUCUUUGAUCAUCGUGAUUGUCAUCUUUUUGGUUCUUCCCUUGGCCUCGUAUGCAUCUCUCCAUCCCCUUCUGAAAUUUUAGUAGCCAAUCCCGCAACUAGAGAGGCACAAAGAAUAAAAGAGCAUGAUAUCACUGACGCCAAGUUGUUAUGUUGGGGUUUUGGCUAUGAUUCAUCUGCAGAUGAUUUCAAGGUUAUGAUAGGAUUCACUAAAGGUGAUGGCUUGACUUGUUUUCAAGUAUUAGCUUUGAAAUCAAAUGAAUGGAAAGUAAUUGGGGAUGUGAACUAUUCUAUUGAUAGUAGGAUUGGUAUCUUAUGCAAUGGAGCACUUCAUUGGGUUAUGAAACAAAAUAACAAGAAAGUGAUUCUUUCGUUUUGUUUAUCCGAAGAGGAAUUUAAAGAAAUUCCUCAACCUGAUAAUGAGGAGUAUGAAUCUGAAUCUAGUAAUGCUAGCCUUCCAACUAUGCGUUUAGGGGUUUUGGAUGAAUGUUUAUGUGUAUUUCAUUAUGAUAAGGUUAUUGAUAAAAUAUGGAUGAUGACGAACUACAAUGUAAAGCAGUCUUGGGGAAUAGUUGGAAAGGAUUGUGAGAGAAGAGUAGUUUUACACUCCUUGAAGACGUUGAAGCAUUACAUUCGUUACAAAAAGUCAUGGUAUCGUGAUAUUUUCCUUUUCAGGAAUAGGGAUUUUAUUGGUGCCCCUAUCUAUGUGGAAACUCUUGUAUCUCCUUAUGUUAAUGGGAGUCCAAUGAAAAAGAGGCAAUUAGGUGAUAUCAAGAAACGUUGUAAGUUGCUUAAGGGAGAUCAUUCAGUCCCAGGACCAAGUUCCAGAGUUUGAGGCUGUUGAAGAUAAUUUCUAAUGGAUUUUAGUAUCUUUUGUUUUAUGGUUCUGAAUAAUUUGCAUUUGGUGGAUUUCAAAAACUUAUGUUUGAUGGAUCGUAUAAGUGUUAUUAACUGUUACUUUCUUGUGAUAUAUUGUGUCUGAUAGUGUUAAUGUUUUAAAUACUGCCGC